GGAAAUGUAGUUUAUCUGACAAACAAGAUCUUAAAAGUCCAUAUUUCUACCUGCACAUACGAACAUCCUCCUGGUUUUAAGCGACAUAUCUUUACUAAAACCGAAUGGUGUCAGACGUUCCCUUAUAAGCUUGAUAUCUUGGUAAUAUGCUCUCAUUCGCGACACCAAGCGUCUACCAAUCUUCGAAAUGCUUCGUUACGUACGGAGUAAUGGGUCACCUUGACCCCCAACAUGUCCCUAGCAAAGGGAAGCCAUGGAGUUCAUUGCUGGCGCAGGACUUUGUGCACAAGGUGGACCUCAUUCUUCCUCAAGAGCUGGUACAAAUUGUCACCGACAAGAUUGUUGGCGAUCCAAAUCGAGCGCCUACGUUUUACAAGGUCAUCAUGACUCUAGGGCAAAUAAUAGACGGGGAUUUCUUUACCGAGUAUAUCAAGAUAGGGAAUAUCAUAAUGCUCUCGGAGGGAAGAUUGGAUUCCGAUAACGUAUUUUCACUAAAAGAUGGCGUUCUCACUAUGUAUCUUGAUAAGAAAACGUACGAAAGAGCUGGACUUGUCGGAAAGCCUCAAGGAGUAAAGGGUAAUCGAGGAUUUAAGCCACGUUGGGUGGUACAAUUUGAUCUGCGAAGUCCUUCAAUGCUCCACGGCAAGAAGGGCUUUGAUAGACUGGCAUACGCAUGCAAAAAUGUGCUAAAUACGCCACUCACUUGGCUUUUCCACAACCUUUCUAAAACACCUGUCCCUGAUCCGCUUGCGCGGCACUAUCCCACCAAGUACACAUCAAAUCCAGAUGUCUCUCAAGAACUGCUGACCAAGGUCCCCCAACUGAAACCCCCACCCGCCAUCCUCUCAAGCCAAAAUCGUCCAGACCUUGACGAAUUUGCUACGGACCUAUAUGAAUGGAUCUCCCUCAUCCGACUCGGUAGCCCGCGAGUAAAUGUGGAUGAUAAGAUUGAUCCGUAUUUGUCUGGGUAUGCUGUUCCUGGCGAAUCUGAGAUGCAGGAAGGAAAGUUAUGCCGAAUUAGCUGGCAAGGCUUUAUCCCUCCAAAGUGGACCCAUCGAAUUCUAGCGGAUGUAAUUCUCGCAUUACCCUCUAAAUCAUGGUUUUCACUGAGCGCGACGUCCUUCGCAAGGGGCCUCGUCGGAGAUAGUGCCGACUGUACUAUUCUUAGGCCGCCUAAUUCGCCCGGAGAAUACUUCGUUUGGGAUAUCAAGAGACAUGAAUGAUUUGCAUAAUCUUAUUAACGGUA